UGUAGAUAAUGAGGAUUUGAAAAUAUUUAACGAAAACUUUCGUACAAACAUUAGCAAUAAACAAAACUUGAAAGGAUACAUCUACAUCAUCGUAGAGCCACCCACUACUACUGUUGAAGAAAUUAUCAUGAGCAUUAUGCAAAGUGCCCGAAGGAUUGACACAUCCACGUCCAAAUUACUUGACAAAAUAUACAUGCCAUUGCAACAGCGCAACUUUAAAGAGGCAUUAAACAAGAUUAAGGAAAACACAAGUGUUAAUGUUAACAAAAUGGAAGAAAAAUCAAAUUACUAG